GCAUUUCCUUUCAUUCUUCUUCAUUUGGCAUUCAGAGUUGAAGGUCGUGCGUGUAGACAGUAAUUUUAGUUUUUAUUUAUUAAAAACUAGUUAAAGUAGUUUUAAGUCAUGUCAAACGAUAAUUUUGCACAAGACGUUACGGAUAAUCAACUAAACGGAAAUAUGGAGAACGGUGGUGGAGACGGUCAACAAGAUAACGGCGGUGACGCCUCUGGACGCGAUGACGACAGAAAACUCUUUGUGGGAGGCUUAAGCUGGGAAACAACAGAUAAGGAGUUACGUGACCAUUUUAGUGCAUAUGGAGAAAUUGAAAGCAUUAAUGUCAAGACUGACCCCAACACUGGCAGAUCCAGAGGGUUUGCAUUUAUCGUAUUCAAAGCACCAGAUUCCAUUGAUAAAGUUAUGGCUGCAGGGGAACACACAAUCAACAACAAAAAAGUAGACCCCAAAAAAGCAAAAGCAAGACAUGGGAAAAUAUUUGUUGGAGGACUGAGCACUGAAAUAUCAGAUGAUGAGAUUAAGAACUUCUUUGGAAACUUUGGCACAAUUCUAGACGUCGAGAUGCCUUUCGACAAGACAAAAAAUCAAAGGAAAGGAUUCUGUUUCAUCACAUUUGAAUCUGAGCAAGUAGUCAAUGAGCUUCUUAAGACCCCAAAACAGACCAUCGCCGGCAAAGAGGUUUGUGUGUAUUUGUGUAUCUGCUUUAAUUUGAUUUGUUUGUCCUGUUACCCAUGUGUUGCUAAUGAAUAUGGAACUGUUCAGGUGGACGUUAAAAGGGCGACACCUAAGCCCGACGGCCCUGGAGGCAUGGGUGGACGAGGGGGUCGCGGCGGGCGCGGGGGCCGAGGAGGGCGCGGUGGUCGCGGCGGGUACGGCGGCCAGGGCGCGUGGGGCGGCCAGGGUUACGGCGGCUAUGGGUACGGCCAGGGUGGCUAUGGCGGCGGGUACGACGGCUACGGUUACGGCGGCUACGGCUACGAUGGCUACGGGGGCUAUGGCGGUUACGAUUACUCCGGCUACCCCAAUUACGCGGGGUACCAGGGCGGCAAGCAGCGCGGCGGAGGCGGCGGCGGCCGAGCCAACCAGAGGCACCAACCAUACUAGACCAUGUACCUGCCCGAUAGUCAUCUCAGUCCAAUAGUAAGAUUAAGUCAUCGGUCAUGAGUGUGUCCCCCGCGCCUCUCGUCUCGCCGCGCUGGGGGCACGUCAUUUCAUUCCACAUAAUUAAUUUAAGGAAUCUGUUUAAGAAAUUUUUUUAAGGAUAAAAAUACUUGUCGUAUGUAACCCGGUCGCCUACCUGAAAGAUCGCGUUGCGUGCAAAUUUAUUAUUAAUAUAGUAUGGAUUAUAGAUUCACUUGAGUAUUAUUGCUGAAUAGAAAGAAUCAUUUUUGACCUUGGAACUGAAAUGUAUAAGUGUUAAUUAUUAUAACACGGAGCUUAAAUAAAUAUGAAACUUAACGUACGUGUCCCCCUGAAGGCCCAGCGAGUCUGCCGAAUAACGUCGCGUCGCGCUGCCUCUGUGCUUGUUCAGUUGAAUGUGCUGGAUCUCAUUGCAGAAAUGUUGUAGUUUUGUAAUUUUAAUUUUGGUAUGAGCAAGAAUAGGAAUCAUGUAUUUUAUACAAACUAGUUUCUUCCAUUGAAUAGGGAUGAAAUUAACAAUUAGAUUAAGUAAUUGGACAUGAACAAAACUUCUGGAGAUAUACAAUACUUGUAUGUCGCAAUAAAACAAAUGUGUAAAUAAAAUAUUGACUUUUUGUGUGUUUAUCAAUCUUAAUUCACUUCCUAGGUAUUUAUUAUCUGCAGUACUUUUAGACAUCACGAUGGGUGGGUCAAAAAUACCAUUAAAGAAAACGGACUUGGAAUACCUGU